AUGUUCGAUUCACCAUGCUCCCUGCUGCUGCUGCUGCUUCAAACUCUUAACAGUGGUUUAGAUACGUCCCUGAAGAUGACCAAGGGUCUUACCCGCGGGCACUUAUGGAAGAGCUCCAAUGAGAAUGUGCUACAAGUGGUGGAUCAUGAGAGAGAGGCUGAGUUCGAAGGAGACCCGAAGCUCCUUGACGCGCACAACCUGAGCUUCGAAAGGUCCCCCGUCGGUAUCGAGCUGUUCCAGAUAGUUGCAGGAAAUUCCAACUAUGCUUUAGCUAACAAGAUUGCAUCUCAACUUGGCAUCUCGAUAUCUGAAGCAGAAUGCAAUCGAUUCAACGAUGGAGAAUGCAGCAUCAAAUUAGGCGAAUCUGUUCGCAACACACAUGUGUUUGUAUUGCAGUCCAUCUGUCCGGGUAGAACCUCAGAUCGGACUAUCAACGAUCAUUUGAUGGAGCUGUUUCUCCUUGUCCGAUGCAUGAAACGAGCUUCUGCCUCUCGUGUGACCGCCAUCCUUCCUUACUACGGUUAUGCGCGCCAGGACGAGAAGACCAAACCCCGAGUGCCGAUUGCUGCUUCUGAUGUUGCUAUGUUGCUAGAAGCCGGUGGAGUUGACCGUAUUCUCGCGGUGGAUCUGCACUCCGCUCAAAUCCAAGGGCAAUUCCAGCACUGCCCCGUGGACAAUCUGUCUAUGUUUGAAGACAUGGCGGAAUUCUUCAUGCGAAACUUCUACAACAAACUAGGAAGCGAUGCAGAGAUAACAAUCGUUUCGCCCGACGCUGAUGGCACCCCGAGAGCCAAGUUCUUCAUGGGCUUGUUGAUCGAUCAAGGCAUUGAGAAUGUUUCCCUGGCCAUCACGAUAAGGCAGAAGAGCUCGAACUCGAUCGUGGUCAACCUAGUUGGAGAUAUCGUGGGAAAGCACUGCAUCAUCGUGGACGAUAUCAUUGACACCGGCUCGCGUGUGUGUACAGCAGCAGAGACUCUGAUCGAGCUUGGCGCCAAGAGCGUCGGCGCCUUUGCCAGCCAUGGCGUCUUCUCUGGGAAGGCUCUUCUUAAGAUCGAAGCAUCAAACCUCGACUACGUCGUCGUGUCUGACAGCAUUCCUGUUGUGUCAGACAUUCGCUCCUACACCACCAAGGUCGUGCAGGUCUCCUGCGCUGCCCUCAUCUCCGAAGCCAUUCACUCGAUCAUGACCGGCCACCAGGUUGAGCACUUGUAUAGCAUUGGAACCGAAUGAGCGACAGUGCGCGACGUCCGAAGCAAACCAGCUUCUCGCCCAUGUGAAGCUCUUGUAUAGUCAAACCUCCCACAACCUCUCUUCGUGUUGUCUCUGAACUCUCUUGACCCUGUUUGUUUUCCUUUAAUCCUGUGUGAUGCUACGUCACGUCCUGAGAGGCAAAUGCAGAAUAAACUUCAGUGCAGCUG